AUGGUGAAGGAAACCAAGUAUUACGACGUUCUGGGGGUAUCCCCCGAUGCGACCGAGCAGCAGCUGAGGUCCGCUUACAAGAAGGGAGCCUUGAAGUAUCACCCUGACAAGAAUGCGUCCAACCCAGAAACUGAAGAGAAGUUCAAGGAUCUCUCGCAUGCCUAUGAGGUCCUUUCCGAUUCCGAAAAGCGACAGCUGUACGACCAGUAUGGUGAAGAGGGUCUUGAAUCGGGCGGUGGCGCUGGCGGCAUGUCCGCAGAGGAUCUCUUUUCGCAAUUCUUCGGCGGCGGUUCUGCUUUCGGUGGCAUGUUUGGCGGCGGCAUGCGCGACACCGGCCCAAAGAAGGCUCGGACUAUCCACCAUGUUCACAAGGUUUCCCUCGAGGAUAUCUAUCGCGGAAAGACUUCGAAGCUCGCUUUGCAGAAGUCUGUCAUUUGCCCCAAGUGCGAGGGACGUGGUGGAAAGGAAGGUGCUGUCAAGAAGUGUACGGGAUGUGAUGGUCACGGUAUGAAGACUAUGAUGCGCCAGAUGGGUCCUAUGAUUCAGCGCUUCCAGACCGUCUGUCCCGAUUGCCAGGGAGAGGGCGAGAUUAUCCGCGAGAAGGACCGUUGCAAGCAGUGCCACGGUAAGAAGACUAUCAUUGAGCGAAAGGUUCUGCACGUCCACGUCGACCGUGGUGUCCAAAGCGGCACCAAGAUCGACUUCCGCGGCGAGGGCGACCAGAUGCCCGGUGUUCUUGCCGGCGACGUUCAGUUCGAGAUUGAGCAGAAGCCUCACGCUCGCUUCCAGCGCAAGGGAGAUGACCUCUUCUACCAUACUGAAAUCGACCUGGUGACGGCGCUCGCCGGUGGCCAGCUCCACAUUGAGCACCUUGACGACCGAUGGUUGACCGUUGAGCUCAUCCCUGGCGAGGUCAUCAGUCCUGGUGAUGUCAAGGUCAUUCGUGGUCAGGGUAUGCCUACAUACCGUCACCAUGAUUUCGGAAACCUUUAUAUCCGAUUCGAUGUCAGGUUCCCCAAGAAGCCAUUCGCCAAAACUCCCGAAGAGUUUGCCCAGCUCGAGAAGAUCCUCGGACCCCGUGAACCUGCCGCUGUACCGCCGGCCCACGCUAUGACUGAGGAUUUCGUCGUUGAGGAUGUCGAUGCCCAUCAGCAGGCUCGCGCUGAUGGCGUUGCCAUGGAGGACGAUGACGAUGACAUCCCAGCUGGUGGUGAGCGGGUGCAAUGCGCUUCGCAGUAA